AUGUCUCUGAAGUCUGUGGUUUUAGGCGAUGAUCGUGAAACGUCUAUCAAACAGCAGAUCGUAUCGGUGCAUAAAGCGUUAAAUAAACAUGAAGUGCCUUUAAAACAUAAACAUGCUCGGCAGAUCAUUGUUGGCACACAUCGAGAAAAAUCUUGUGCAUUAUUUUGGAACUGUAUUUCGCGGAUUCAAUUAGAAAAAAAUCCAAUAAUCAGCUGGAAAUUCUGCCAAUUGCUUCACAAACUAAUUCAAGAUGGUCAUCGAAAAGUCCUAGAAGAGUCCGUUCGGUAUAAAGCUCGCAUAAAGACACUGGGAAGCUUUUGGUAUCAUCUUGAAAAUUCGGACUACGGUCGACCAAAUUCCGCUUAUUGUCAUAUGCUCGUUAGCCGACUUGAAUUUCACAGCCGAAAUCAAUCUAUACCGGGAAAUUUGAGGUUGAAUGAUAAUCAGGUCAAAACAUUAGCAAACGCUGAUGUGAACCAGUCAUUUGAAUUAUCUAUUGAAAUGCUAGAUCAAAUGGAUGAAUUACUAAUUUUACAGGAAACUGUUUUCAAAAAAAUGGAUAAUGUAAAUUGGAGUUCAUUGGCUCCGCAAGGGCAGUGUAUGCUUGCUCCAUUAAUCCUUGUGAUUCUUGACACUAGCAAAUUCUAUGACCAUCUGGUGAAACUAAUUUUCAAGCUUCAUUCAAAAUUGCCUCCAGAUGCAUUAUCUGGACAUAGAACCCGAUUUAAUACUAUAUUUGAACAAACUAAAGAAUUUUAUGAAAAUUCAACAAAUUUGCAAUACUUCAAAUUUUUGGUUUCCAUUCCGAAGCUGCCGUCUUACCCUCCGAACUUUUUGCUGGCAUCUGAAUUGGAAAGUUAUCAGGCACCAAAUGCUUAUCUUCAUGGUGAUGGUGUCAGUGAGGCUGAUAGUCCUCCAGAUGAUCGAUCAGUAGUAGAGGAAAAUUUAGUUGAUGUUGUUAAUACAUUGAACAAUUCAGAGCAUCUAGAUUCAAAGGAUGCAAUAAUCGAUAGUUUGAAACGAGAUAUUGAAGAGGCUCGUUAUGACAAAGAAAGACUUAUGAACGAGGCACGUGUUCGUAUAGAACAGUAUGAGAAUCGAUUCUUGCAAAUGCAGCAAGAAAAUGACCAUUAUAAACAAUCACUUGAUGAAGUAAAGAACGAAGUUGAGAGAUUGCGUUCGUCAUGCAUAGCUAAAGAACAGUAUUGUAUUGAUGAGACACGUUUACUUGAAACUGAACAAAAAGCUAAAAGUAGUGAACUAAAUUAUCAAAAAAUGAAGUGCGCUUACGCUAACUUGAGGCAGGAACAUAUUGAGACACUUACGAAGCUCUCCGAUGCACAAAAAGAAUUAACAACCAUUCGAACAGAAAAAAUAAAUGACAAAGAAUUAAUUUCAAAUUUACAAAGAAAUGUGAUGCAGUUGGAACAGAAAAAUGUGGAUAACGAAGGAAAAAUAUUGGAAAUCAACAAUGAAGCCAAAAGUCUUGCUAAAAAAUUAAGUGAAAGAGAAAUUGAGAUUAAAGGACUUCAGGAGGAUUUGGAACAAGCAAGAACGGAAAAUAUCAAGAAAGAAGAAGAAAUUCAAACAAAAAAUAAGUCUGAAUUAGAAAUUCUGCGGAAAAGGUUUUAUGCAUCAUUAUGUGACGCAUAUGUGCAGAUUUUGAAACAGUCAUUUGAGGAUCUACAAGAUGCUUUAUCAAUUACGUACUGCAACCAAUUGGUUUUACCGGCUCUUCGCUCAGUUAUUGUAACGGUUGAACAAGCAAGUAUUGAAGUGAAUGCUAAAGAUUGGGCGAAGUUAUUUCGUACUUUAACUUUUUUGGGCCAUUAUCUUGCUAAUGUUUUAUUGAAUAGUGCUGCUGCGGCUAAUGUUGUCUCUAUUCAACAUUUCCAAAUAACACAAGAGCAGUGUUGCGUCGUAAUGAAUGAUGCCGUAACUGUUUACUCUGCUGCAAGAAAUUUGAAUUUGGAAGCUGUAAAAAAUCCGAUCCUAAAAUUAAAAAGCUCAUUAGAAAAGCUGGAACAAAUAUGUCUCGAUCUACCAGCCGGUUCCAGUGAUCUAACUGCUGAAACAAUCGGUGCUGAACUGGAGCAGGAAAUGAAGCGCAUGGAUUUUGCUAUUGAAAAAGCUGUAGAGAGGAUUGAGGAAAUGCAAAAGAAAAGUCGGGCUACCGAUUCUGGAAUACGCCUAGAAGUUAAUGAAGAAAUUCUGGACUCUUGUAAUCAGCUAAUGACUGCAAUUGUUGUGCUGGUAGCAAAAAGUCGAGCAUUGCAAGAAGAAAUUGUUGCAUGUGGUCAUGGUAUAGCCAAUCCCAAUGAAUUCUAUAGAAGAAAUCAUCUAUGGACAGAGGGAUUACUCUCAGCAGCUAGAGCUGUUGGAGUCUCUGCGACCGUACUUGUUCAAAGUGCUGAUGGUGUGAUUUCCGGUCAAGGCAAACUCGAAAACUUAAUUGCCGCAUCACAAGAAAUCUCAGCAAGUACAGCACAGUUAUUUGUAUCUUCUCGUGUGAAAGCAGAUCGUGAAUCACAGCGCCUGAGCGAACUAUCUGCAGCAUCUCGUUCUGUCAAUACAUGCACAGCUAAUAUUGUUGCCACAGUUAAAAAUGCUCGAAAUACUUUAAAUGAACAGAAAGAUCUUGACUUCAGUCAUUAUACUCUGCAUGAUACUAAGAAAGAAGAAAUGGAAAGUCAGGUGCGUAUUUUAGAACUUGAAGACAAACUGGUGCGGGAAAGAGCACAUCUUGCUCAUCUUAGAAGACAACAUUAUCAGCUCGCUCAAAUUGUUGAAAACACUGAUAGUACUUCUGAAAAUAAGUAA